GUCACCCUUGUCAACCGUCCCCAUUCUGCUUGCGUUCUUCAUCACUGUCCUGUGAUCAGAGCCGUCAGUGUAGAUCCCCAACCUGUGUUCUGAAGAGAGGAUGUUCCAGACCAAAGCUGAGGCCCUGACAGCCUCCUUCCUGGCCUUCCUGCUGAGUCUCCCAGGAUCUGGGGCCAUCAGAGCGGAUCACAUAGCAAUGUAUGACAUAUUUGCACAGACGCAAAAGCCAUCGGGUGACUGCAUGUACGAGUUUGACGGUGAUGAGCAGUUCUAUGUGGAUCUUGACAGGGAAGAGACUGUCUGGGGCCUGCAGGAUUUCAGCACAGUCUAUGGCUUUGACGCCCAGGGAGCUCUGUCCUACAUCCUCAGCCUUAAGGACAACCUGAGGGCUUUGAUCCAGAGACACAACAUCACCCAGGUCCCCAGUGAGCCUCCAAAUGUGAUCGUGUUCCCCAAGAACCCAGUGGAGCUGGGCCAGCCCAACAUCCUCAUCUGCCACGUGGACAGGUUCUUCCCUCCGGUGCUCAAUGUCACAUGGCUUCGAAAUGGGCAGUUGGUCACUGAAGGGACUUCCGAGACUGCCUUUCUGCCCAGCACGGAACUCAGAUUUCAGAAAUUCUACUACCUGACAUUCAUCCCCAUGGCCAAGGAUGUGUAUGACUGUAGCGUGGAGCACUGGGGCCUGAGCCAGCCGAGCCUCAGUCACUGGGAAAUUCCGGAGCCACUCCAGGUGACCGAGACAAUGGAGACUGUGGUCUGCGCCCUGGGCCUGGUGGUGGCCUUGGUGGGUAUCGUCAUUGGCAGUGUGCUCAUCAUAGGGGCUCUGCGCUCUGAUCACGACCCCCGUGGCCCAGAGACCCCUGUGAGUGACUGUGCAGGUGAGGAUGUUAGGACACAGUCAGAGGACAAAGGAGGGAGUCCAUGCCUGCUGCGCAGAAAGGAGGGAACAUUCACAUUGGUGAAGUAGACACGGAUCUCUCGACUAAGCUAUGUGAGCCAACCCUGACAACCCACCGAGAACCCAAGGCCUACCUGAGCCUCGCACUUACAGCAUGUUGUUAUCCCUCCUCGAUGUGAUGGUACUAACCUCACUGUGGUUUUGCGCUUGGGACAUGCUUACAGCAUGUAUGUGCACAAGAGCAUGAAGCACCCUCACCAAGGCCACACAGGCUGUCUGGAUCCAAAACGGCUCCCUUACUGUCCUGUGCUCCCUUCUACAUAUGAAGAAAGGGAUCGAGUUCAACCACGGUCUGGCCUUGGAUCCAGACAGUCCUGAGCAUGCGCACGCUUGCGGGGACCCUGUGACGGUGCCUAAUGCACAGCUUCCCAUCUCCACUUGAACCCACUGAUGGCAAAGCUCACAUAAAAAUUCCCUUCUGGGCUUCUAGUUAUCAAAACACUUAUAUCUCGAAUACUCGAGUUUUUAAAUUCUGCCGCCUUCAUUGUUGUCUUCAUUCAGUCUGUGCCCCGGAGCCAAGGUUAUGUCACCACCCCACAGAGGUCCUAGGGACAGUCAGGACACCCCUGUCUGACUCUGUUCAUUUGAUCUUCUGUUCCCUUACUCUCAGGUCUAACCUCUUCCCCUGCACCAUGUAUGAAACACUAAUGGAUUUAGUGAAUUUCCUGUCACAGAUUGUUACCAUGUGCAACGUGUGUAAGCAUUCACUGUAUCCGCGGCUUUAGCGAGCUCAGACCGUACCGCACCAUGAGUCUAAUUUGAACCUCUAGUUGCUUUCAGUUGUUCAGUAUGAUCCUGCUCUAACCACCCACCUGUCUCUACACCCUCUGGGACACCUGGAUUGUGUCUGAGUAUCUCUUAAUAGUCUCACAUAGACCUGCAUCUCUGGGAUGCAUGGACCUUAAAAAGCAGUUGCAAGGAGCUGUGCAUGCGACCUGUUCCCUUGCCUGUGUGCCACUCCUACACGGCUACUGCUGUGUUGGUCUCAGUUCCCAGUCUCCCGCAGUGUCUAACAGCCACGUCCACACUGUGUCUCUUUGCCUUUAUGCUUCCUUGUGAGGAAAGAAACAUGCUGCUGCUGUCCACCUUCCUUUGGUUACUUCUAGUUGUGACCAUCUUUGCUUGUGGCCACUUAGGCUCCAUUGUUCUUGUUCUGGUAGUUUCUGGCUUGCAUCCUUUGCCCAUUUUUUGGAGUCAAUGCUCCUGUGGGAAGCUGAGGGCUGGGGUCUCCUCUGUCAUUGAGCUGCUGGGCUUCCUUUCUCUUGAUGGUUUCCUGCAAGCCACGAGGUUUUCUGUGCGGCUGACUUUGUCAUAGAGACUCGUGGGAAGACAGGUUCCUCAUAGGGCAACGUGGAAGGGAGACAUGAGCAAAAGCCUUAGGCUGUCCUGUUGAACACGUCCUGCUACCUCCUGCACAGGACUUCCUAUGGGAACUGAGCCCUCUGUACUUCCUGAGUCUAAGCAGUCCCUCAGGCUCUGGUUUUCUGUAGACUUUUAUAAUUUUCCAUGGAGUGUGAGGGGAGGAAGCUGGCACCUGUCCUAGCUUGUAGCCUUAUAAUAAGAAGCCUGUCUGUCCUCCCUCCUUCCCUAUUUCCUUCCUUGCUUGCUUGCUUUUUCUUUUAACAGAGUCUCAUUAUGUAGCCCGGUAGGCUGUCCUGGAAUUUUCUAUGUUGCCUGGCUGGCCUCAAACUCACAGAGUUUGCCUCUCAAACCCUAGGAUCAAAGCCAUGCACCUCCAUGCCUGGCUAGAAGCCCCUUCUUAAUGAUUUUUAUCUGUAGUGGUUAGCACAAAUCUCAGUAUUUAGCAAUUCUUCCAUAUAUAUCUGUUGACUUGCUGGAAAUAAUAUUUACGCCAACACUUACAUGUUUAGCACCUCACUUGCCAAAAGCUAGGAGCUGGCUAUGGACUGUACAAUGGUAGGAACACUCUGUGGCACCAUCAUUAGAACAUGGCAUGACAAUAUUAUAAUUGUCACCAUGGUAGAAAAGUACAUCCUAUAAAGCUUGAGCAAGGUUACAGUGAAGCCUCAUGGGAAACAGGGCUGAGAAACUGGACCUAUAUAAAGAGAAGGGGAAGGCAGGUUAGACUCCAUCCUGAACCUGAGGUGGAUGUUGAUUGUGUGUCUGGCUGCAGGUGAUGAUGUUUCUGAAAAGGUGCCCUGGACUUGUCUCUGUCCUCAGUUGCUAUGUAACCCUAGCUGUCCUGGAGCUCUCUAUGUGACUUUGAACUCACAGAGGGCUCUGCCCCUCUGAAAGGCUCGGUGACCUUAAAGCACUUGGCCCUAGUGUCAUGCCAGCAAAGCAAAGGUUGCUGUAUUUCUCACCAGCCUGGACACCCCUCCCCUGGACACCCUUCUCUGGGCUCCCACAGCUCUGGGUUCCUGCAUGAACACUUCUCUGCCUCCUUCCAGAGAAUUACUA